AUGAGCAACCGAUCUCGCGGCGAUGGCGAUCAACGUUCGACACCACCAAACAUCGAUGUGAUGUAUUCGCUCAAAGUCGAUAAUCUAACGUAUCGUACGCGUGUCGAAGACUUACGACGAUAUUUUGAAAAAUAUGGUCCUAUUGGUGAUAUCUAUAUUCCACGUGAUCAAUUUUCUCGCUCAAGUCGUGGCUAUGCUUUCAUUCGUUAUUUGAAAAAACGUGACGCUGAAGACGCACUAGAUCGAAUGGAUGGUACUGACGUUGAUGGACGAGAAAUUCGUGUUCAAUUUGCUCGUUAUGGUCGUGCCUCAACAGGCGAUAGUCGCGAGAAAGGACGCCAUCGUCGAACACGUUCGCGAUCAAGAUCUCGUCGACGCUCAAGGCAUCGUUCACGCAGUGGAAGCAAUCGACGAUCACGUUCUCCUUCAACAUCACGAUCGAAACGAAACAAUCGUCAUGAAAACGGUGAACGUGACCAACGACAUUAG